AGAGGCUGCUGGGACGGAGAUGGCGGCGCCGGAGCCGGGCCGAUGCGCCCACUUCGUGGAGAGGAAGAAGCGGUUCUGCAAGAUGGUGCCGGCUCCCGGACGCCGCUUCUGCGGGGAGCACGGGCAGCAGGAGAAAGAAAAUGACAGGAAAAGAAUUCCGUGCCCUCUUGAUCCAAAACAGUACCACUGUAUACGAAGACCAGCUACAAAAGCAUUUAAAAAAAUGUAAUUCGAGAGAGAAGCCAAAGCCUGUCUACUUUGUUCAAGAUAUUAAUGCAGGUUUAAAAGAUGUAGCAGAAAUACCAGAAAUACAAAUACCUGUCUCUUCUCUAUCUAAAGAAGAGUUGGAGGAUCUAAUUACCAAGCUGAAAAAAGCAAGUAAUGGUUUGGAACUUCACCUUAAGGAACAAAUACUGUCCCAUCAGGCUUUAGAAGAAGCCCUAAAUGACCCAAAGAAUGGAGAAUCUGCUUUCAAACACUUGAAACAACAGGCUUCUAUUUUAGGUAACAUGGAAAAAUUACAUUUGCUUGGUCCAGGAAGAUGUUUUGUUGAGUUUGGAGCUGGGCGAGGAAAGUUGUCUCAUUGGGUUGACAUUGCCUUGCAAAACGCUGAAAAUGUUCAGUUUUUGCUUGUGGAAAGAGCAACCACAAGAUUCAAGGUGGAUGGAAAACAUAAAAGGAGAGAUUCCAUAUUUGAAAGGCUUCAAGUUGAUAUUCAGCACUUAUGUUUAAAUAAGGUACCUAUUUUAGAGAAAAAACUACCUGUGGUAGGAAUUGGGAAGCAUUUGUGUGGUGCUGCCACAGAUCUUGCUUUGAGAUGUUUGGUUGAAAGUUACACAACUUGCUGUGAUGGGGAAAAUUAUGAGCCUGUACCGAAACGCUCUAAGAGUGAUAAGACGGAGGUGGCUUCUAACAGUUCUACUGAUAAUGAAAGGAACGAAGAGGAUACAUUAGAAAACUCUAAGCCUGUAGCUGGAAUCGUUAUUGCACUGUGCUGCCAUCACAGGUGUGACUGGACACAUUAUGUAGGCAGAGAGUUCUUUAAAUCGGUAGGACUUGGUCCAGUGGAAUUUCAUUAUUAUCAGAGAAUGAGUAGCUGGGCUACUUGUGGCAUGCGAGAAAGCAUAACCAAAUCCUCUACGAAUGAUGAAGAGAGUGAAGAUCAAACUAACAACACAGAAGAACAUGACCAAACAUACAGUAAAACAGAGGGUGGUUCUGACACUCUGCAAGGGCUACUUACUGUUGAAGAAAGAAAGGAGAUAGGUUGCCUCUGUAAACGGUUGAUUGACCAUGGACGGAUUAAAUAUUUACAACAAAGAGGAUAUAAGGCCGCACUACAGUAUUAUACAGAGUCUACUGUGUCCUUGGAGAAUGUACUGUUGACAGCUGUCCCAAGGCAGUCUUGAAUACCAGAGCCAACUACAUGACAGGAAAUAAAUUUGGAAUUGGUAGAAAACAAACUACAAACUUUACUAGAUUAUUAAAAAUCUAAUCACGCAAUCAGUGCUUACAGAAAACCUGAGUUUUCAAGUCUUUCCUGAACCCAGGAAGAGGUUUUACAUUUCCCAGUUUCACUGGGAAUUGCAACUAUGCAAACCAGUUCUCAUCAAUGGGAAAAUAAAAUCCCUUAGAAUACUUGAAAUUUGUUGUAGAACCCUUUGUUAGGAAGUGUAUUUGAUAUUUUCUUCCAACUCACGGUUACAUUCUUUAUUCAUUAGCAUUUAUGGUAGGAGAAGGAUCAGAAGUGCAACUUUGCAGGUUUUCUGAAAAACAAAUGGGUUAAAAAAUAAGAGAAGUUAAAACUCUUAAUUUGCUUCCAGUUUUAAGUUCAGGAAAGCUGUGUAUUUUCUCUUUAAAUUAUUUAAAUGUGCCUAGAUACUUAUUUCAUAAGCUCAUGCUACUAGAGGAAUCUUAAGGAAGAAAACUUAUUUGUAAACAGGCUGUCAUCUUGAUAAGAGAUGCUAAUCUUAUGCUAAUAAAAUAAAUUUCAAUAAAUUUCCUAAUUUUAAUUUGCAUUUAUGAAAUAUUGUUAAGCAAAAAAUGGUUUAGAUAGAGUUCUAAAAAUCAAAAGCAUUUUAGUCACUCAUUUUUUAAACCACGAUGUAAAGAAUGAAGAUGAGAGAAAAUUUUUUUAUAUCUUCAGUGAGUGAAGUUCUCUGCAAGUAAUAAAGCUGCCACUUGCACAUCUGUUCAGAAGUGCUCAUUUUGGUCUGUUAUUGCAACCUUUGAACAUGAAAAGAAAUUUAAUCUAGCUGUUACCUUGGAGAUUACUAGAAGCACUGUUUUUGUCAUAUUGAUUUGGAGGUAGCUUUUUGGUUUUUUUUUUUGUUUGUUUUUUAAUUGACUGGAUUUUCUGUCAGGGAGAGACCUAAAAAGACCUGUUUGCCAGGGGCUGAUAAAAGAGCCCCUGCCCUCAAUACAAACCUGUUCGCAGAUUUUGGGAAAAUGUAUUUAUUAAGAAGAUUCUUCAUGUUUCAUUUUUAUAUAUAUAUCCUUUCUUUUAUCUAGUUUAUGCUUCCCUUCCUUGCUGUAUUCUAGAGGGACUAGAAUUAAUAAAAAUGUCAUACCUGC